ACUCAUGCUAAAACAAAAAAUACCACCACCAGUGGAGUCAGAGACACCCCCGGCAACGGAGGGCCCGUUUUCCCUCUUCCGGCCCUCCUCCGCCAUUCCCCGGCGAUCCAAGACGGGAGGAAGCACCGGGAUCCUACGCCUUCUGAAGAUGAUCCCUUUGCUCACCACCGGCUGCAAGAUGGCGGCCUUACUUGGCCGGCCGAACAAAGCCCUGUCCUCCGGCCGCAGCGGCGGCGCCGCCAUCAUCACCCUGUUCGGCUACCGUCGUGGCCGCGUUAGUCUGGCCAUGCAGGAAGACCCCAAGUCCGCGCCCGUGCUCCUCCUCGAGCUCCCCAUCCUCACCAGCUCGCUCCACCGCGAGAUGGCCUCCGGGCUCGUGAAGAUCGCGCUGGAGAGCGAGGGCGGCGGCGGCGGGGAGCCAGCGGAGCAGAGCCGUAGCAGGCGGCGGCUGGUGGACGAGUGCGUGUGGGCGGUGUACUGCAACGGGCGGAAGGCGGGGUUCUCGACGAGGAAGAAGCAGGAGUCGGAGGAGGAGCGGCAGAUGAUGAGGUUGCUGCGGGGCGUGUCGAUGGGAGCUGGGGUGCUUCCGGCGGCUGAGGAAGCUGCCGCGCCGGCGGAGGGGGAAUUGACGUACAUGAGGGCGCGGUUCGAGAGGGUGGUGGGAUCGAAGGACUCGGAGGCGUUGUACAUGAUCAACCCCGACGGCACCGGCGCCCCUGAGUUGAGCAUCUUCCUUGUCAGACUCAAUAAUUAGUGUGUAUUUUAUUGAUCGAUAGAAGUGGUUUCGAGUACUACAUUCUGUGCACAUAUAUAUUAAUUAGUUUUGAUGGCUUUGUUUUCCUUUGUGUUUGUGUGUGUGUAUUGUAGCUAGAUCGAUCUACAAUAUCUCUUGAAUUGGAUGUCUCUGUUGUAGUUGUUUUCUGAAAUUAACUAGCUUUGCAGAUUUUCAGCAUGCAGCUCAUUGUCGAUCACUAGAAAUUAAUUAGUUGAGAGCUUACUGUCACUUAUUAUGA